GGGGUCUCGCUCAGUGCUGAGCGCCGAGCGGGGCCUAGUGGGCUAUGGAGAAGCCCGGCUCCUUGGCGACGGGCUUGCGGUGCCAGAGCUGGUGCUUGCGGCGGGUGGGGAUGAACGUCGAGUGGCUGCUGCUAGAGGACGGGCGCGAGGUGUCUCUGGGACGAGGAUUUAGUGUCACAUACCAACUGGUGUCAAAAGUCUGCCCUUUGAUGAUUUCCAGAAAGCACUGUGUUUUGAAGCAGAAUCCUGAGGGCCAGUGGACAAUUAUGGACAACAAGAGUCUGAAUGGUGUUUGGCUGAACAGAGUGCGUCUGGAGCCUUUGAAGUUUUAUGCCAUCCGUCAGGGAGACCACAUCCAGCUUGGGGUACCUCUGGAUAAUAAAGAGAAUGCAGAGUAUGAAUAUGAAGUUUCUGAAGAAGACUGGGAGCAGGUGGUACCUCGUCUUGCCCUGAAGUGUAAGCAGAUGAUGGAAAAAAAUAAGAGCUUGAGAACUAAACGCAAGUUUAGUUUGGAUGAAUUAGAGGGUUCUGGAGCUGAAGGCCCCUCAAAUUUGAAAUCGAAAAUGAAUGAGAUGUCUUGUGAACCUGGCCAGCCUGUGCAGUCACAUGAGAACGGUAAAGUGGCCAGUCUACCCUCCAAAUAUUUGGAUCCUAAGUUGACCUCUCCUGAGGCACAGGAGAAAGUCUCAGGGGCUGAUGUUUACUCCACCCCUCCCAAAAUCAUAGCCCCUCACCAUAACAAGCAGAAAGGCUCAAACCCUUCAACAUCUCAGAGCAGCCUAGAGCUGUUUAAGAUGACCAUGUCCAGGAUUCUGAAGCUGAAAACAGAGUUGCAGGAAAAACAGAUAGCUGUUCUGAAUGUGAAGAGGCAGACGCAAAAGGGGAACUCAAAGACAAUUGUAAAAAUGGAGGAGGAACUGCAGGCUCUACAGUCCCAGCUGUGUGCAGAGCAGGCCCAGCAGCAGGCAAGAAUGGAAGAACUAGAGAAGACAUUCCAAGAAGAGGAACAGCAUCUCCAGGAUUUGGAGAAAGAGCAAGGAGAAGAGGACCUGAAGCAACAGCUGGUCCAGGCUCUGCAGGAGCAUCGGGCCCUGAUGGAGGAGCUAAACCGCAGCAAGAAGGACUUCGAAGCAAUCAUUCAAGCUAAGAACAGAGAGCUGGAGCAGACCAAGGAAGAGAAGGAGAAGGUACAAGCACAGAAGGAGGAAGUUCUUAGUCAGAUGAAUGACGUGCUAGAAAAUGAACUCCAAUGUAUUAUUUGCUCAGAAUACUUCAUUGAGGCUGUCACCUUGAACUGUGCCCAUAGUUUCUGCUCCUACUGUAUCAAAGAAUGGAUGAAGAGGAAGAUAGAAUGCCCCAUUUGUCGCAAGGACAUUGAGUCCAAAACCUACUCCCUGGUCCUGGACAACUGCAUUAAUAAGAUGGUAGAUAAUCUGAGCUCAGAAGUGAAAGAGCGACGAAUUGCCCUCAUCAGGGAACGGAAAGCAAAGAGGCUCUCCUGAAGACUGCCCUAAGGGUGUUCGAAAGACUGCCAGGCAGUGGGAGCUUGGCCUGGGCUGGAGGCUUUUCUCUGGACGUGACGCAGGCUGCACCAGGGAUCAUCCAAGAGGCCACCUGGGACAGACUGAGAUGGAAGCCCUCGGUCACUCACCUUCCAUGCUGGC